UUUUUGAUGGAACAACAGUCUUUGAAUUCCUCUGAAGAUUUUGCUAAGCCAGAAAUUUCAUAUUUUGGACACUAUGGAAAUCCUAAAAGUUUUACAACAUGGAUAGAACCUCCCUCUCUUUCAAAUCCUUUUUCUUGGCUAAAUUUUCUUCGAUGGGUGUUUUUAGAAAAAGGACAUCCAAAAAUUUUAGAUGAAGACGCAGAAGAAAAAUUACCGGUCCAUACACCGAAAUUUCCAAUUAAUUCACCAUUGGGUGCAACAUGGAUGGGUCAUGCUACUUUAUUUGUUCGAAUUGAUGGAAUUUCGUUGCUAACAGAUCCGGUAUGGUCAAAAUGUGCUUCACCUUUCAACUUUUCUAAUCGUUUCCUAUCUUUCCUCAAUUUUUGUCGUCGUUAUCGACCAUCUCCUUGUUCUAUAGAUGAUUUACCGGAGGUUUUCUAUUUAUAA